AUGGCUUCUUCCCGGGAGCGGCUCUGCGAGCUCUGGAUGCUCUACUUCGCCAAGCCCAAAAUCGGGGUGACACGGUGCACCCCAAAUGCUGCCAGGCCCGAGGAGGCGGGCUCCGAGAUCCCGGCGCUGCCGCGGGAGGUGCUGCAGGUGCUGAGCCAGCGGCUGGGGCACAGCGUGGCGCUGGGGACGCGCGCCGGGGACCGCGCCGCCGGGCUGGGCCAGGCGCUGCUGCUCCUCAAGUUCUUCAGCAUCAUCUGCAGGAACCUGGAGAACAUCCAGCCCGACCGGAGCCCCGGCUGCCUCCCGCACGUGCUGCGGCUGCUGCGGCUCUGCGGGAGCCAGCUGCGGAACAUCCCGGGGGACGAGCGGAGCCGGGCACAGCUGGAAAACAAGGGGACACAGCUGGAGAGCCAGCAGAACGGGGCACAGCUGGAAAACGGGGCACAGCUGGAGAAGGGGACACUGCCGAAAAAUGGGGCACAGCUGGAGAGCCAGCAGAAUGGGACACAGCUGGAAAACGGGACACAGCUGGAGAAGGGGACACGGCCGGAAAAUGGGACACAGCUGGAAAAUGGGGCACAGCUGGAGAGCCAGGCACAGCUGGAGAGCCGGGCACAGCUGGAAAACGGGAUGCUGCACGCCCUGCACCUCUGCGAGUGCUUCCUCGACCCCUACCAGACCUGGCGGCGGCAGCUGAGCGGGGAAUCCAUCAGCUCCAAGGAGAAGAGCAAAUACAAGUUCGCGCCCGCUCCGCUGCCCCCCGAGUUCGGUGCCUUUUUCCAAGAGAGUUUCCAAGGUGGGAAGCAGCUCCCGGAAACGAUCCAGCUCCGGAUUAUCCAUCUUUUUGGAGCCAUCCUCUCCGGAUCCAAGGUACCCAUGGGAGCUCCUCAUUCCAGGGAUAAACCCCAAAGUUUUGUUCAUUCCAAGGCUGGAAUUAAACCAGUGAAUUUUCCAAAGCUUUUAAAAAUCAUGUGUAUCAUUCCAGCCUUAAAUUCGGUGGGAUCGGCUCAGAAACACGCCAUCCCGGCCAUGCUGAGCUGCCAGGACCGGCCGGUGCUCCAGGCUGUGUUCCUCAGCAACAACUGCUUCGAGCACAUCAUCCGCCUGCUCCAGAACAGCAAGCUCUACCUCGGCGGCUCGCGGGAGGCGGGUGAAGCCCGGGACGAGGUUCCCACGUGGAACGGGGAUGGACUCCAGCAGGUCAACGCCAGCAGCUCCGACGCCAUCGCUGUCCACGCCCUCGGGGUGCUCACGGCCAUCAUGAGCAACUCGCCGUCAGCCAAGGAGGUGUUCAAGGAGCGCAUCGGCUACGCCCACCUCUACGAGGUGCUGAGGAGCCAGGGUCAGCCCACCCAGCGUCUGCUCCAGGAGCUCCUCAACAUGGCAGUGGAGGGUGACCACAGCUCCUUCCCGGUGCGUCCCAUCCGCAACGAGCAGCCCCUGCUGAUCCUGCUGGCCUGGCUGCCGGCGCUGGAAUGCCGGGAUCUCCAGGUGUUCCUGUCGGUGUGGCUGCGGCGGCUCUGCGAGGCCUCCCUGCCCAGCCGCCUCACCUGCGUCAAGGCGGGCAUGGUGGGCUCCCUGCUGGGCGCCCUGGCCACCGAGCCGGCGCUUCCCAGCGCCUGCUCCCAAAACCUGCUGGAGCUGCUGCGCUCCUUGGGCAGCCUCUCCAUCCGGCCCGGGGAGCUGCGGCAGCUCCUGCGGCUGCUGCGGCGCGAGCGGGGCCGGGGGCCGCACCCCUACGUGGCUCCGGUCAUCCGGGCGCUGUCCGGCAUGGCCAGGGGCGAGGGACCUCCGCGGGCGCUGCAGAGCUUCGACCUGAGCCCCGGCAUGGCCGGGAUCAUGGUGCCCACCAUCCAGAAGUGGCCCGGCGGCGCCUUCGCCUUCCACGCCUGGCUGUGCCUGAGCGAGGAGGAGCCGGAGCCGCUGGCGAGGCCGAAGAGGAGGCAGCUCUACAGCUUCUUCACGGCGGGCGGGACGGGCUUUGAGGCGUUCUUCACGGCGGGCGGCGUGCUGGUGGUGGCCGUGUGCACCAAGAAGGACUACAUGACAGUGGCACUGCCCGAGUUUGCCUUCAACGACUCUGCCUGGCACUGCAUUGACAUCGUCCACGUUGCCGGCCGCCGGCCCUUCGGCCAGAACAUCGUCAGCAUCUACGCCGACGGACACCUGCGGAAAACGGCGCAGCUCCGCUUCCCCUCCCUCCACGAGUCCUUCACCUCCUGCUGCAUCGGCUCCGCGGGCCACCGGACCACCACGACGGCCGCCACCGCUGCCAGCCACCCGCCGGCACUGCACGGGCCGGAGCUGGUCUUCACCCAGCACCCUGUGCUGGGACGCUCCCAGUCUGUCCCCGCCACCCUCGGUCCCCACUCCUGGACCCCCACCCAGCUGCCCACGGAGGGGGUGGUGGCCACCACGGCAGCCGGAAGCCAGGACACGGAGUGGGGCAGCCCCACCUCGCUGGAGGGUCACCUGGGCUCCGUGGCCAUCUUCUGCGAGGCUCUGCAGCAAGCCCAGGUCAAGGCUCUCUUCUGUGCAGGACCAAAUGUCACAUCCCCGUUCACACUGGAAGGUGACUUGGUGGAGCUCAGCAGUAAACUCUUGCUGUACUACACCCCCCAGGCCUGCAGGAACAACAUCUGCUUGGACCUCUCUCCCAGCCACGGAUUGGACGGGAGGCUGACGGGACACAAGGUGGUCAACUGGGACAUCAAGGACGUGGUCAACUGCGUGGGUGGGAUGGGGGUGCUCCUGCCCCUGCUCGAGCAAGUGGUGUCCAAGACGGAGGAGCCCGAGGAUGAGCAGGAGACCAACGACCUGGUGGGGCCGGAGCUGACAUCCUCCAGGAACGCCCAGGGCAUGCUCAUCCCGCUGGGGAAGUCCUCGGAGAGCAGGCUGGAGAGGAACAGCGUGGCCGCCUUCCUGCUGCUGGUGAAGAACUUCCUGCGGAACCACGCCGUGAACCAGGAGAGCCUGGUGCAGUGCCACGGCCCGGCCAUCAUCGGAGCGCUGCUGCACAAGGUCCCUGGCACGCUACUGGACAUGAGCGCCUUGAUGGCCUCGCAGAUCCUCAUGGAGCAGGUGGCUUCCGAGGGCAGCGGGCUCCUGCUGCACCUCCUCUACCAGCACCUCCUCUUCGACUUCCGCAUCUGGAGCAACAGCGACUUCGCCGUGCGCUUAGGUCACAUCCAGUACCUGGCCAGCGUGGUCAAGGACCACAAGCAGCGCAUCCGCAAGAAGUACGGGGUGCAGUUCAUCCUGGACUCCAUCCGGACCUACUACGGGGAGAAGACCACGGCCACCGAUGACGUCAGGACGGUGCAGACGUCCCUUUUCAGCCUGGUGAAGGAUUUCUUCUGCAGGAGCUUCUCCGGGGAGGAGAUGCAGAGCUUGCUGAACUACCUGGCAGGGGCACAGGACGAGCAGCAGGUCUGUGGAGCACUGGAGGUGAUCCACAGCCUGCUGAAGGGCUCCCCAGCCCAGGAGCAGCUCUUCGCCUUCCUCUUCGAGCCGGGCCAUGUGGAGCUGCUCUUUUCCCUGCUGGUGCAGAAGAGGUUCUCGGAUGAAGUGAGGGAAAGGGUCUUCAAGGUCCUCUACAAGAUGCUGAAGUACGAGAAGGUCCCUGAGCGCAGCAAGAGCCGCCUGAAGCUGAAGGACAUCGGGUACCACGGGCUCAUCUCCUACCUCAGCGACAUUCCCGGCUCCAUGCUGCUCUUCCGCUGCCUCUCGGAGCAGGUCCUGGGGGCAGACCCUCCCAACUACAAGGACCUGGUGGCCGUGGUGUACCUGUCCCACCGGGCUGAGCUGAGCAUCCGACUCGACAUCUGCCGCAAGCUCUUCCACCUGAUCUACGCGCAGCAGGACCUGGUGAAGCAGCUGGCCAGGCUGGCCGGCUGGCAGGACACGCUCACCAAGCUCUACGUGAAGGAGUCCUACGAGUGCCGCCAGCGCGGCCGGAGCGCCGCGGGCUGCCCGGAGCCGCUGCGCCUGUCCGAGCCCUCCGGCAAGGACGGGAUGAGCCCGCCGCCCGCCGAGCUCCAGGAGCUCGAUGUCUUCCUCCCGCUGGGAUACGAGGCCUCGGACCAGGAGCUCUCCGAGGGCUUCUCCGACCACUCCAUCUCCCCGAGCGGCCGCACCAAGUCCUUCCACUCCUACAACUUCAAGUCCUUCGACUCCUCGGACCGGGCCAGCCGCUCGUCCUCCAACCCCGGGGACGGUCCCGCCUUCGACGGCGUCUACCACCCGCUGUCCCCCUUCUCCACCUCGCCCUUCGACCUGGGGCUGGACCUGGCCAGCACCAGCUCCAUGGCCACGGCCGAGAGCGGCACCCAGACCCCGGCCAGCGGCCCCGGCACCCCCUCGCCCCUGGAGAGCUUCAAGCCCUUCCCGGGAAUGCGAGCGCGCAAGAGCUCCAGCCUGUCCAACGUCCUGGAUGAGAGCAGCUACCAGGACGCGCUGCCCAGCGACAACGUCUCCAACACCAGCAACCCCCAGCAAACCCCCGAGGAGGAGCUGUGCAACCUCCUGACCAACAUCAUCUUCUCGGUGACGUGGCGCGGGGUCGAGGGCUGCGACGAGGCGGCCUGGAGGGAGCGCGGCCAGGUCUUCUCCGUGCUCACCAAGCUGGGCACGGCCUGCGAGCUGGUGCGGCCCCCGGACGAGAUCAAGCGCAGCCUGCUGGAGAUGAUGCUGGAGUCGGCGCUGACGGACCUGAAGGAGUCGGGCCCGGCCGCGCUGCCCGGGCUCAGCCACAACGCCCUGAAGCUGCUGCGGCUGCUCCAGGAUUUCCUCUUCUCCGAGGGACACAACAACCAGGCGCUGUGGAGCGAGAAGAUCUACGAGGGGGUCAGCAGCCUGCUGGACAAGCUGGGCGUGUGGCACCACCUGGCCGACGGCACCUCGGACCUCAAGGAGAUGGCGCAGACGGGGCUGCGGGUGCUGGUCGGGUACAUCCUGCUGCAGGACCCCCAGCUGCACUCGCCGGCCUACGUGAAGCUGCACAGCCUCCUGCAGACCACGUCGGCCCCGCGGCGGGACGAGGCCUGUUACCUGCUGGGGAAGCUGGAGACGCCCCUGCGGCGUUCCCUGGAUUCCAGGUCGGAGACCUUCUCCUGGCUGGUGCCCAUCAUCCGCACGCUGAUGGAUCAGUGCUACGAGACCCUGCAGCUGCAGCAGUUCCUGCCCUCGCUGCCCCCCACCAACGGCAGCCCCACCUUCUACGAGGACUUCCAGCUCUUCUGCACCACCCCAGAGUGGAGGGGCUUCAUCGAGAAGCACGUGCAGCCCACCAUGGCCCAGUUUGAGAUGGACACGUUUGCCAGGAGCCACGACCUGAUGUCCAAUUUCUGGAACGCCUGUUACGACGCCUUGAUGAGCAGCUCCCAGCGCCGGGAGCAGGAGAAGGCGGCCAGCCGCAAGUUGUUCCAGGAGCUGGUGCUGGAGCCGGCGGCGAAGCGCUGCAAGGCGGAGAACGCGCGGCACGCCAACGUCCUCAAGCAGACCAACAACCAGCACAGCACCGUGCUCAAGCAGUGGCGCUCCCUGUGCCGCCUGCUCACCUCGCCCCGCUCCGCCUGGGCCGACCGGAACCCGCCGGAGGUUCGCUGGAAGUUGUCAAGUGCCGAGACCUACUCCCGGAUGAGGCUGAAGCUGGUGCCCAACCUCAAUUUCGACCAACACUUGGAGGCCAGCGCCCUACGGGACAAUCUGGGAGCUGACCACCUCCAGAACCCCGCCGAGUCCCUCCCGCUCGCCAUGGCCAAGGAGGCCAAGGUGAGCGAGCUGGAGGAUGACCAGCUGGCCGAGGAGGACCUCCCUGUCCUGGACAACCAGGCUGAGCCCAAGGAGCAGAACCAGCGGGAGAAGCUGGUGGUGUCGGAGGACUGCGAGCUCAUCACGACGGUGGCCGUGGUCCCUGGGCGCCUGGAGGUGACAACCCAGCACGUUUAUUUCUACGACGGCAGCAGCGAGAAGGAGGAGACGGAGGGAGGGAUCGGCUACGACUUCAAGCGCCCCUUGUCCCACCUGCGCGAGGUCCACCUGCGCCGCUACAACCUGCGCCGCUCCGCCCUCGAGCUCUUCUUCAUCGACCAGGCCAACUACUUCCUCAACUUCAGAAAGAAGGUGAGGAACAAGGUGUAUUCCUGCAUCCUUGGCCUGCGGCCCCCCAACCAGACCUAUUUCGGCAGCCGGUCCCCCCAGGAGCUGCUCAAAGCCUCGGGGCUCACGCAGAAAUGGGUCCUGCGGGAGAUCUCCAACUUCGAGUACCUCAUGCAGCUGAACACCAUCGCGGGGCGCACCUACAACGACCUGUCCCAGUACCCCGUGUUCCCCUGGAUCCUGCGGGAUUACGUCUCCGAGACCCUGGACCUCACCAACCCCGCCGUGUUCCGGGACCUGUCCAAGCCCAUCGGGGUGGCCAACGAGCGGCACGCCCGCGACGUCAAGGAGAAGUACGAGAGCUUUGAGGACCCCACGGGCACGGUGGACAAGUUCCACUACGGCACUCACUACUCCAACGCUGCCGGGGUCAUGCACUACCUGAUCCGCACCGAGCCCUUCACCACCCUCCACAUCCAGCUGCAGAGUGGCAGGUUCGACUGCUCGGACCGGCAGUUCCACUCGGUACCGGCGGCGUGGCAAGCCCGCAUGGAGAACCCUGUGGACGUCAAGGAGCUCAUCCCGGAGUUCUUCUACUUCCCGGAGUUCCUGGAGAACCAGAACGGUUUUGACCUGGGCUGCCUGCAGCUCUCCAACGAGAAGGUGGGGGACGUGGUGCUGCCGCGGUGGGCGCGCUCCCGCGAGGACUUCAUCCGCCAGCACCGCAAAGCCCUGGAGUCGGAAUAUGUCUCCGCCCACCUCCACGAGUGGAUCGACCUCAUUUUUGGGUACAAGCAGCGCGGCCCGGCCGCCGUGGAGGCCCUCAACGUCUUCUACUACUGCACCUACGAGGGGGCCGUGGACCUGGACGCCAUCACCGACGAGACGCAGCGCAAGGCCCUGGAGGGCAUCAUCAGCAACUUCGGGCAGACGCCCUGCCAGCUGCUCAAGGAGCCGCACCCCGCCCGGCUGUCGGCAGAGAGCGCCGCCCGCAGGCUGGCCCACCUCGACACCCGCUCCCCCAACGUCUUCGAGAACCUGGGCCAGCUCAAGUCCUUCUUUGUGGAGGGCAUCAGCGAUGGGGUGGCCCUGGUGCAGGCCGUGGUCCCCAAGAACCAAGCCCAUUCCUUCAUCACUCAGGGAUCUGACAUCCUGGUCACCGUGAGUGCCAACGGCUUGUUGGGGACCCAUAACUGGCUGCCCUACGACAAGAACAUCUCCAACUACUUCAGCUUCACCAAAGACCCCACUGUCACCAACGCCAAGACCCAGCGCUUCCUGCAGGGCCCCUUCGCCCCCGGGGCCGACCUGAGCUCGCGCACGCUGGCCGUGUCCCCCGACGGGAAGCUGCUCUUCAGCGGGGGACACUGGGACAACAGCCUCCGUGUCACCUCGCUGGCCAAAGGCAAGGUCGUGGGGCACAUCACCCGGCACAUAGAUGUUGUCACCUGCCUGUCACUCGACCUCUGCGGCAUCUACCUCAUUUCUGGCUCACGGGACACCACCUGCAUGGUGUGGCAGGUCCUACAGCAGGGUGGCUUUUCCAGCGGCUUGGCUCCCAAACCCGUCCAGGUGCUGUACGGCCACGACGCCGAGGUGACGUGUGUGGCCAUCAGCACCGAGCUGGACAUGGCCGUGUCCGGCUCCAAGGACGGCACCAUCAUCACCCACACCGUGCGCCGGGGGCUCUUCAUCCGCUCCCUGCGGCCGCCCGGCGAGAGCUGUCCCCCCGCCGUCCUGUCCCACCUGGCCGUGGGGCCCGAGGGGCAGGUGGUGGCCCAAACCGCCGUGGGGCAACCCUCCUGCUCCAAGGAGAGGUUCGCGCUGCACCUGUACUCGGUGAACGGGAAGCUCCUGUCCUCCGUCCCGCUGGACCGGGAGGUGACAGCCAUGUGCCUGACCGAGGACUUCGUGGUGCUGGGGACCUCGGAGUGCGGGCUGGAGAUCCGCGAGCUCCAGAGCCUCAGGGCGGCCGUGCCCCCCGUGCCCAUGCGGGUGCCCGUGCGCAGCGUGUCCGUCACCAAGGAGAAGAGCCACAUCCUGGUGGGGCUGGAGGAUGGAAAGCUCAUCGUGGUGGGCGCCGGGCAGCCCGCGGAGGUGCGGCCGGGGCAGUUCCACCGGCGGCUCUGGCGUUCCACGCGGCGCAUCUCCCAGGUGUCGGCCGGGGAGACCGAGUACAACCCCUCCGAGGGCAGGGCCUAGGCUGGCACC